AUUCGAACUAUUGGUGUAACAUCAGUAGGUUCUUGAAUCAUUCUUGUGAUGCAAACUUGGUUACCAUUCCGUUUUUCGUUGAUAACAAAGAUCUACGCUUUCAAAGGAUCGCUUUCUUUGCCCAACGUGAUAUACCAAAGUAUGCGGAGAUUACAGUUGAUUAUAAGAUUCAUGACGAAGAUUUCGUGUGUUACUGUGACACGAAAUAUUGUAGUCUAUUGAUGGGCUUCUACUCGUAUUUAACGCCAGGUUUAAUAAAGGUGGCGAGCGUCAUCUCUGACGUUUAUAAGGGAUCAUCUUCUAUAUCGUUCUUGCCG